AUGGGAGAUAUAGUCACAUCCAUAAGCAAUUUGGAGUCUCGUGGUAAACUCCCUUCUCAAACAGAAAAGAACCCAAAUGUCAAUGUGGUGACCUUGAGAAGUGGCAAACAAACCGGGGAAAGUAGUUCAAAGAAGAAGCCAAGGGAUGAAGAGGAAGAAAUAAAAGUCAUUCCCAUUGAAGAAUCUAUAGUUAAGAAUGAUGCACAAGCCGGACUCCCAAAGAAGAUAACCCCUCUAGUGACUCCAAUAGCCACUCAACCGCCAUUCCUUUCCCGACUUACAACUUCGAAGAAGAAAAUGGAGGAGAAAGAGAUUUUGGACACCUUCCGAAAGGUGGAAGUAAACAUUCCUUUACUUGAUGCAAUCAAACAAAUUCCAAGAUAUGCAAAAUUCUUGAAGGAGCUUUGCACCAACAAGAGAAAGUUGAAAGGAAAUGAGAAAAUCUCAAUGAACGAAAAUGCAUCCAUGGUUUUACAAAGGAAGCUUCCACCCAAGUGCAAAGAUCCGAGAAUGUUUACGGUUCCUUGCAAGAUAGGAGAUGUCACUUUUAGUAGUGUCACGCUUGACCUUGGUGCUUCUAUUAAUGUCAUGCCCUAUUUGGUGUAUGAAUCAUUGAAUGUUGGACCUUUAAGAGAAACUAGUGUCAUAAUCUCUAUUGCGGAUAAAUCAAGUGUCUUUCCUAGAGGUGUUUUGGAAGACGUCUUAGUGCAAGUAAACCAAUUGGUCUUCCUGGAGGAUUUCUAUGUGAUUGAUCUAGAUGAACAAGUGUCCUCAAAGUCAAGUAUAAUUUUACUUGGGAGACCAUUUUUGAAGACGGCUAGAACAAAGAUUGAUGUGUAUGUGGGAAGCUUAACAAUGGAGUUUCAUGAUUUGUUCGAGUUUUCUAAUGGUGACAUGUUAGAUAUGGUUUUGAGCAAAGGGUUCGAUUGUGGAAAAUUAGCCAAGAAGUUGAAGCUCUACUCACUAGACCCCGAAGUUGAAAGAUUGGUUAACCAUUUGGAGACCAAGAAGAAAUUUAGUGUGAAGAAAAUUGAAUUACCUCAAACUCACACAAGAUUGCCACCCUCCCUUGUUCAACCGCGGGAAUUAGAAUUAAAGGUCCUUCCUGAACAUUUGAAGUAUGCGUACUUAGGAAACAACGAGACUCUUCCGGUUAUCAUUUCAAGUCACUUAACCAAAUCUAAAGAAGAGCAACUCCUUAAGGUGUUGAAGGAGCAUAAAGAAGCCAUGGGAUGGACGAUUGCGGAUAUCAAUUCGUUGAUCCCCUCCACUUGUAGGCACAAGAUCUUAAUAGAGGAUGAAUGCAAGCCAAGUAGAGACGCGCAAAGAAGGUUGAAUCCGCCAAUGAUGGAAGUGGUCAAGAAAGAGAUUUUCAAGCUCUUAGAUGCAGGAAUGAUCUAUCCAAUCUCAGAUAGAAAAUGGGUGAUCCCGGUUCAAGUCGUGCCGAAGAAGAUGGGGAUCACGGUGGUCGAGAACAACAAAGGUUUCUACCGGAGAUUCAUCAAAGAUUUUUCGAAGAUAACAAGACCAAUGUGCCAACUCUUGCAAAAGGAUGUUCAUUUCGAGUUCAAUGAGGCGUGCAAAGAAGCUUUCGAUAAUCUCAAAGAGUUGCUUACAUCUUCCCCCAUCAUGCAAGCACCAAAUUGGGAUCUCCCCUUUAAGAUCAUGUAUGAUGCAAGCAACUAUGCAAUAGACGUCGUUUUGGGUCAAAAGAAUGGACGAGCCUCCCAUGUGAUAUACUAUGCAUAG